AUGAACAAAACGACAACAGCGAAUUCUAAAGACAUUGCCCAACAGUCUUCUCCUUCUGAAAUGAUUCAGAAACAUCCCCAAGACAUGAACGACCUAUCUUCAAAGCCGCUGAAGAGACAAGAAGAUGCCACCCAUUAUCAUCCUCAUCAAGAAGAGAACAUCAAAAAAAACGUAUUCCCCUCAUCGACUCUGCUGACAAGACUUCUUUCGGACUUGUCAUCAAGCGAAAAUAGUCUUCAUCAUCACGAAUCCAAUCCUCUCCAUUUGCCUCCUUCACUCAUCAGCACCGAAACAAGUGAGAGUAUUGGGAGUACCAACAACACCCUACAAGAGCCUAAAACGUUCGCCAACGAGUCCAAAAUUUUGAAUCGUGACAACAUCUGCAACGACCAUCACCAAACAAUUACAACCACCACCACCUCUCAUUCCUCCAUAUCAAUACCUUGUAAUAAUAAUACAUCAUCCAAUAGUACUUGUGCUAUUGAGAUAUCAACAACAACAACAACCUCAUCUUCAUCAUCGGUCUCAUCCGAAAUAAUGCUAAAAGCCUUUUUCAACCCAACCAAAUCAAAGAAUUCAACAAACUCAACUAACACGAAUAAUAAUUCUCCAACAGUCAUGUACGACACAACAACAUCCUCCCAACGAUUGGCAUCUGGACUUGGACUCACGAAAAAAGAGACCUCUCAAGAAAAUGUCGAAUUUGAUUUGUUAUAUGCAACAAAAUUAUCUUCUAUAUCUAAUAGACAUGGUUCUUCACGAAGACACAAGAAGAAAUCAUCAUCAGUUUCUUCUGCAGAGAAAAUUAACCAAUUUUGUAAAUUUUGUAAAAUAUCCGAGAGUCGUCUCGAAAAGAAAAACUUGACCACUUCGGUAAGAAAAGAAAUUCCAAAAUUGAAAACUUGCAGUUUGUGUCGAGAGGUGAGAUAUUGCUGCAAGGAACAUCAAGUAGAGGAUUGGCCUAAUCAUAAAAUUGAUUGCAAUAGUGCAGUACGAGCACGUAAUAAUGGCAUCUAUAGCCGAACAUUGAAAAAAGGUCAUUCAAAAUAUAGACCUUGCGAAGGGGAUGUGGUGUCCAUUCACUAUGUGGCUCGAUUAUUGAAUGGAACCAUUGUAGACAAGACUUAUAAAUCCAUAGAGACGAACAAGUACUGCAGCAUUUCUUAUGACACGAGUGAUGAUGAAGACACUGAGAAUGCGUUCGAUGAUGACGACAAUGAUCCAUAUAUUGUUAAGCCUCCAUCCAAUGUUUAUAAUGAUUUUGAGGGAUGGCUUACACAUGCCAACAUUCAACAACGGAAAAGUUUUACUCAAUUUGAUGAUGAACUUUCUAUUGGGAUUUCAGAAAGUGAUUCAACAGAAGAAACGACAACAGAUCUCACGAAUGUGACAGCUUCAUUCUCUGAGAACACUCAUUCCUUCUUGUCUUUGGAUAAUGACCAACUAUCACUCAGAUCCACAACAUCAACAGCUGCAUCGAGUAUGAUUUCAACCGAUUCGAAUCCAGAAAGAAAUUUUGAACAGCAAGUCAUCACUGAAGAUGAUGAAGCUCAAGACAAUUGGUCUGACAGUUCAUCAGGCAGAGCAGGAGGUGGAACUUCUUCAUCAACCUCGAACGCUACAAUCAUUUUUGAUUCUCUGCAGAAAGAUGUUGAGGUCGUUCCUGAUCCUCUUCAAUUCAAAAUUGGAAAAGGUCAAGUACCAUCAGGUGUGGAAAAGGCAGUCAAACAAAUGUCACUGGGAGAACGAUGUUAUUUAGUUGUGGCCCCAUCGAAAGAAUCAAAAAGAGAUGUCAUUUCAAAGAGGAUGAAAAAUGCAAAUGGAUACACCAUUGUUUAUGAAAUCAUGCUUGUGCAUAUCCUUAGAAAGAGACAACACAAUGAAUUUGAUUUUGAAACUACCAAUAAUGAAAAUAUGCAGAAGACCAUGGACUUGAUUCGAUUAGAAGAAUUUAUGAAAGAUGAUGAUUCUUAUCAGAGUUGCUAUUAUGAACCUUUUAGACCCUUCUUAGCCAAUGUAUCUUCGUUGUCUGCACAAUUGUAUUAA